AUGAAGGACCUUGGCGCGCUCCGCUACUUCCUCGGCAUCCAGGUGACGCGCACGCAGGCGGGCUUCUUCCUCUGUCAACAGAAGUACACCGAGGAGAUCCUCGAACGCGUGGGCAUGGACACCUGCAAGCCGUCGCCCACGCCCAUCGACACCAAGGGCAAGCUUCCUCAGGCUGGCGGCCCGCGUGUGCCUGACUUGUCGGCGUACCGCAGCAUCGCCGGGGCUCUCCAAUACCUCACCAUCACGCGACUCGAGCCCGCGUACGCCGUCCAGCAGGUUUGCCUGCACAUGCAUGAUCCGCGGGACUGCCACCAAGCUCUCGUCAAGCGUGUGCUGCGCUACGUGCGCGGCACGCCCGCCCACGAUCUCCAUCUACGCGCCUCGUCUACACUGGUUCUCCGCGCCUACACCGACGCCGACUGGGCCGGCUGCCCGGACACUCGCCGCUCGACAUCUGGCUUCUGCGUCUACCUCGGCGACGCCCUCGUUUCCUGGUCGUCCAAGCGCCAGGCCACGGUGUCGCGCUCCAGCGCCGAAGCCGAGUACCGUGGCGUCGCCAAUGCUGUCACCGAGUGCGUGUAG